CAUCACCCUGGCAAUAGUCCGUCUGCCCUGGCAAUAGUGCUACCCAGAAUAUCUGCGCUACAUAUCAAUCCGUGCGACUAUAAAUCAAAUCCAAACCACACCCAUCUGACCAUCUGUCGGCUUCCUUUACCCUCUUUACUUCUCUCCGCGGAAUCGCCUGCAGCUCUCUACAAGGCUUAUUAUAGUCGAAGCAAAUUACAGAUCAGUACUCUUCCAUUUUGAGAACAAGUUUCAUGUCUGAACUAGACGUCCAGAUUCCAACUACUUUUGAUCCUUUUGCUGAUGCAAAGGCUGAGGACUCAGGUGCAGGGACAAAAGAGUACGUGCAUGUGCGUGUACAGCAGCGCAAUGGAAGGAAAAGCUUGACCACUGUGCAAGGGUUGAAGAAGGAAUUCAGCUAUAACAAGAUACUGAAAGACCUCAAGAAAGAAUUCUGCUGUAAUGGUACCGUUGUGCAGGAUCCUGAGUUAGGAAAGGUGAUUCAACUCCAGGGUGAUCAAAGGAAGAACGUUUCCACCUUCUUGGUGCAGGCCGGGAUCGUGAAGAAGGACAACAUCAAGAUACAUGGUUUUUAAACAGCACGAGGACGCUGUCCCAUGUGCGGUUCAAUCGCCAGCCAACCUGUGGCAAGAGUAACGACAGGAUCUGAAGUUGGACGUACUCUUCUAGUUUAGUAUAUCGAUCAGCUCGAUACAGCAUAUCUAUCGAUAUUAGUGUCUCCGUUUAAUAGUUCUUCCGCGACCCAUUGUGCCGUUAAAUGAGGACGGAUACAGAUUGUGGGUUGUUCUGAAACUUGUUAUCAUGAUUGACAAUGAAAUUCUGUUCAGUGUUUCAUUUGGUGUUUCUAUGGAUUGCCUUCCUUAAUAAUGCCGAAAGAAAGGAAUUUGGUUCA